AUGUCACCAUCGAUUGAGACCGUAGCCACUAAGGCAUAUCAUGAUCAAAAGCCGGGUACUUCUGGUCUACGUAAAAAGACCAAAGUUUUUAUGAAUGAACCGCAUUAUACCGAAAACUUCAUUCAGGCUAUCCUGGAAGCAAUCCCAGAAGGAAGCGAAAAUGCAACCCUUGUGGUGGGAGGCGAUGGUAGGUUCUAUAACAAUGAGGUUGUGCAGCUUAUUGCUGCAAUUUCUGCUGCAAACGGGGUCAGAAAAUUAAUCUUGGGUCAGAACGGAAUUUUGUCAACGCCCGCUGCAUCGCACAUUAUUCGCUCGUACCACGAAAAAUGUACCGGAGGUAUCAUUUUGACCGCGUCUCACAAUCCAGGUGGUCCUGAAAAUGACUUUGGAAUAAAGUACAACUUGAGUAAUGGUGGACCAGCACCAGAAUCUGUCACCAAUGCGAUCUACGAAAAAUCGAAGCAGCUCACAAGUUACAAGAUUGUUAAGAAUUUCCCAAAGGUCGACAUCUCCACAAUCGGCACAGACAAUGACUACGCAGGCCUUUUGGUCGACGUUGUGAGCUCCACCGCUGACUACGUGGCCUUCAUGAAGUCCAUUUUCGAUUUUGACUUGAUCAAGCGCUUUAUUGAUGUGCAAAGGUCAACAAAGGGUUUCAAAAUCUUGUUUGAUUCUUUGAAUGGUGUUACCGGGCCUUACGGAAAGUCCAUUUUCGUAGAUGAAUUUGGAUUGCCUGCAGAGGAAGUUUUGCAAAAUUACAUUCCUCAGCCAGACUUUGGCGGUUUGCAUCCAGAUCCCAAUUUGACGUAUGCUCACACUUUGGUUGAGAGGGUAGACAGGGAGAAAAUUGCGUUUGGUGCCGCCUCUGAUGGUGACGGUGACAGGAAUAUGAUCUACGGAUAUGGACCUGCGUUUGUUUCUCCAGGUGACUCGGUUGCCAUUAUCGCAGAAUAUGCGGCAGAAAUCCCAUAUUUCAAAAAGCAGGGUAUAUACGGGUUAGCACGUUCAUUCCCUACAUCUGCUGCCAUUGACCGUGUGGCUAAGGCUCAGGGCUUGGACUGUUACGAAGUGCCUACGGGUUGGAAAUUUUUCUGUGCACUCUUUGAUGCAAAAAAAUUGUCAAUCUGUGGCGAGGAGUCCUUUGGUACCGGUUCUAACCAUGUAAGAGAAAAGGACGGUGUGUGGGCCGUUGUUGCAUGGCUGAAUAUUCUGGCUAUUUACGACAGAGAUCACCCUGGUAGUGACGUGUCGAUCAAGACCAUCCAGGACAAUUUCUGGAAAAAGUACGGUAGAACCUUUUUCACACGUUACGAUUUCGAGCAAGUGUCGAGUGAAGCCGCUAACAAGGUGCUGGACGUUCUAGACACGCUUGUGAAGAACCAGAAAACGACUAUUGGGAAACCGUUUGCAGGCGAGCCAAGCUUGACAGUGACUGAAGCCGGUGACUUUAGCUACACUGAUUUGGACGGUUCUGUAUCCGAGCACCAGGGGCUAUAUGCUAAGCUGUCUAACGGGUGCCGUUUCGUGGUGAGACUUUCGGGCACUGGAUCUUCGGGCGCCACCAUUAGGUUGUAUGUUGAGCGUUACAGCGACGAUGCCUCCCAGUAUUCUUUGAACGCUGACAAGUUUUUGGCAGAUGACAUCCAAGGCAUUUUGAAAUUUUUGAAAUUCAAAGAAUUCCUCGGCACCGACGAACCAACAGUCAAGACAUAA